GCUGCGUGGCCUUGUAUAUAUUUGCGCUGUUAUCACUGGGUUUUAGGUCACUAACUUACACACUGAAGUCCUCCAGAACCACCUCAGACGCUGCGACAUUGCCUGUCACGUCAUGGAGGGAAAAUAUAGGCUGGAGGCGGCGGACUAUGCCGUUAUUGCUGGUCAUUUUCUACUGACCGUUGGUGUGGGGAUAUGGUCCACAGUGAAGUCCAACAGAGGGACUGCCCGGGGAUACUUCCUGGCUGGUAGAGAUAUGUCAUGGUGGCUGGUAGGCUUAUCUCUGUACGUGAGUAAUAUAGGGAGCAGUAGUUUUAUAGGUCUGGCGGGAGCAGCAAGUGCCAACGGUAUAGCUGUGGUCUGCUACGAGUUGUCGGGUUUGUUCUGUAUUCUUCUCCUGGGGUUCUUCUUCGUCCCUGUAUAUAUAUCUGCUGGGGUCUAUACCAUGCCAGAAUAUCUUCUGAAACGGUUCGGCAGCCAACGUCUGGAGGUCUACCUUGCCGUCCAGAACCUGCUCCUGUUCGCCUUCACCAAACUGUCGGCGGAGAUAUUUGCGGGGACUGUGAUCGUGAAGGAAGUAUUGGGCUGGGACCAGAUGCUCUCAGUGCUGCUGCUCAUGGUGGCAACCGCUCUGUAUACUGUGUUAGGCGGUCUGGCGGCAGUCAUUUACACGGAUGCCUUGCAAACCUUUGUGUUACUGAUUGGAGCCGUGAUCUUAGCCGUCAUAGCUAUGGUCCGUGUUGGCGGCUACGGGGCCAUGGAGGCCGGUUACAUGUUGUCUGUCCCCAAUGCCACCAAGUAUCUGAACACCUCCUGUGGUCUACCUGAGCCGGACGCGUUCCACAUCCUGCGUGAGGCUACUGACCCCAACUACCCGUGGACAGGGGUGGUGUUUGGGGCCACGGUCCUGUCUUCAUGGUACUUCUGUACUGACCAGGUGUUGGUCCAGAGAACUCUCUCAGCCAGGAACACCUUGCACGCCAAGGCGGGAUCUAUACUGGCAGCCUACCUCAAGGUACUGCCUCUGUUCCUGAUGGUUUGGCCAGGGAUGAUCAGCAGGGUGCUGUUCACAGACGACGUGGCCUGCUCCACUCCAGAAGAAUGUAAUCGUGUGUGUGGCAAUGCCAAUGGAUGUGCUAAUAUAGCAUACCCCAAACUAGUGCUGGAACUCAUGCCCACAGGUCUGAGAGGGCUGAUGUUGGCCGCCAUGUUGGCCGCUCUGAUGAGUUCCUUGACGUCCAUUUUUAACAGCGGUAGUACCGUGUUCACCAUCAACGUCUGGAAGAAGAUCAGGAAAAACGCAUCAGAGUGGGAGCUGAUGAUAGUGGGGCGGGUAUUUGUCCUUGUCUUCAUUGGGUUCAGCGUUGUGUGGCUGCCCAUUGUAGGGGGCGCUAAAGACGGUCAACUGUUCAACUACCUCCAGUCCAUUGCCUCGUACCUGGCGCCACCUAUACUAGCCUGCUUUGGUCUUGGUGUUGCUUGGAAAAGGAUAAAUGAACCGGGUGCGUUUUGGGGAAUGAUGGUUGGGCUCGUCUUGGGUCUGGCCAGGAUGAUUGCUGAUUUCGCCUUACCAGCGCCUCCUUGCGGUCUACCAGACAGUCGUCCUUGGAUCUUGAAGGAUUUUCAUUACCUAAACUACGCCUUUGCCUUAUUCAUUGUUUGUAUUAUUGUGACAAUAACCGUCAGUAUGUUUACGAAGCCACAACCAGAGGAAGAGCUCGCGCGACUGACGUGGGGCACGCGCUAUGACUGUCAUCCCAGUGAAAUAACCACGGGGAGGGACAACGAGGGCCUUGACGUGUCCACAACAACUGUCGCCACUGCGACAUCUGGAGGCAUAGAGACAAUAGAACUUUCACAGAAGUCUCUUGAAGAAAUACGAAGUUAUGAGGAAGAUAUUAUACACAAGUCCAUGGACUCCUGGUCGAUUGCCAGCGCUGACGUUCAGAAACCAACGCCCACGUGGAAGAAGGUAAUAUACUGGAUAUGUGGCCAUACACCUCAGAACGAAAACGAACACGUAGAGGACCACGAGAAGGCCGACAGAAAACUGGCUGCUAUGGCAAUGGAGGAAAAUCCAAAAUGGCGGCGAAUCAUCAACGUUAAUCUUAUCGUGUGCCUUGGUGUCGGGGCAUUUCUCUGGGGUUUCUUUGGGUAACACUAUCGAUGAGAUUAUAACAAAUUCUCACCAAAAAA